CUCUCCUCGAGUCGCGGUUGUAACUUGUAAACGCACUGUAACCUUAAAGUUGGUGAGGGUAGUCUGUUGUGCGUGGAAACUAGAAGCACGCUACUCGCGCGAAAAAAGUAGCAGCUAGUAUCGCAAAAAUGGCGGAUGAAAACGAAGACCAGUGGUUAUACGGCGAUGCCGUUGAUCCCAAAGAUCCACCAAAUUCCAAUAAUGAGCUCAGUGAUAAUAACGAAUCCAAAUACAAUAACGACGAUGCGUCUUAUCAACAAAGUGAAGACGCUCGAGACGAUCUUAACGACGAGCAACAAAUGCAACAGUUACGCGAGUUGCAACAGUUGGAAGCUAUGGGGCAAUCUGACAACUGUCAAGAUAUUGAGCCUUUUGAUGAAGAUGAUAGCAAUACUCAGCAGCCUCUCCCUAGUCAAGAUGAAGAUUCAAUGACUAACGAUGCCAAGUUAAAUGGAACUAGUGAAAAGAUUAAACGUGAAAGCCGAGAUAACUCUAACACCGAAACCGAUGAUGAUGAUGAUGAUGUGGACGUUGUCAUUGGUGAUAUCAAGUCAACACCUCCUCAAGCUUCGCAACAAUAUAAUAGUCUGAAUAUUAAAAGAGGUUUGCUCACAACGUCUACUACAGCACAAGAAAAGUUAAAACAACAGCAGUCUGGCAAAUUCAGUAUUGAUGAAUUUGAAACGAUAGGUUCCAUUAAUGGAAUUCCUGCUCAUGAAUUUAAUUUAGACACUUUAGAAGAUAAACCUUGGAGACAGCCUGGAGCAGAUAUCACUGAUUAUUUCAAUUAUGGUUUUAAUGAAGAAACAUGGCGAGCAUAUUGUGAAAGACAGAAAAGAAUGAGAAGUGAAUCUGGUGCUGGUUUAAUACUGAAUACUGGAACUGGUGCACCUCCUGAAAAUUCAGUUGCUCCGGGUGGAGCAAGAGUGCCACAAGUUACAAUAACUAAUUAUAAUAGUAAGUACUCUGGAAUAAGUGGACCUAAAAGAGCAGGACCUCCUCCAGGUAGAAAAAUGGCUGGUACUAUAGAUGUUAUCGGAAGUACAGGAUUAGGUUCACGUAGAAAUUCUGAAAAAUCACCACCAAAAGAAAAUGUUAUACAAGUAAUGACAGCUGAUAGAAGAGAAUAUUCAAGAAAGCCACCAGUGUUUCCAGAUGUUAGUGUUCCACCACCAGUUCCAAAUCCGAUUCCCCCUGCUUUUAAUAUGCCUCCUCCUGGUUUUCCACAUCCUGAACCAGUACCAUCAUACUUCUUACCAGAACCAGAUCCAUACUACAACAGUUACGAACCAACACAAGAUAGGCAAUGGGGAAAUGAUCCUACUUGGCAGCCAUCAAACAUAAACAUUCCCCUAACUGGUGAUGAAAUGAAAGAUUCAAGAAAAUCAUUAUCAAUGAGGGACCGAGACCGAGAACGAGAACGUAUUCGAGGUAGAGAUGACCGAGAAAGAGACUACGAUGAAAUACGAGAGCGUGAAAGAGAUAGAGAACGUGAGCGAGAAAAAGAUCCAAGAAGAGAUGAACGCGAAAUUGAAUCAGUUACUCGAGAAGAUGAACGUAACAGAUCGAGGUCCCAAUACAGACAUAAAGAAAGCAGACAUCGGCAUCGUUCGAGAUCGCGGUCGAGACGACACAAGUCACGAUCAAAAAGUCCUAGUAGACGAAAAAAGAAGUCAAGGCGUUCGGAAAGAGAACGGUCUAAAGAAGAAAGCGAUUAAUUAUCUGAAAUUCCAAAAUCGUUUUGCUAGUGUAGAUUAAUAGCAAUUUACACGAUAAAAUGUACAUUAAAAAAAUUGAUAUUCUUUCAUUAAAGAAUUGAUAACUAGUUAAUGUGUGAAUAAGUAGCUUUGAAUUUAGUAAGCUAAAAUUGCAUUUUAUAAAUUAGGAUUUCAUUCAUUGCUUUUUUUAAAAACAACAUUAUUGUGAAAAGAUAAUUAAAUUAAGCUUUCUAUUUCAAUAAGAUAGUGUAUAAUGAACAGUUGUAAAUAUACAAACCGUUAAUAAAAAUGAACUAAUUUAUUAUUUCAA